AUGCGAAGCAUCAAAUGUGUGGUCGUAGGGGAUGGUGCUGUUGGAAAAACGUGUUUGCUCAUUAGUUACACGACCAACCAUUUUCCCCAUGAUUACAUUCCAACUGUGUUUGACAACUACUCCACAAAUGUGAUGAUCGACGGAGAACCCAUCAAGCUGGGAUUGUGGGAUACCGCUGGUCAGGAGGAAUAUGAUAGGCUGAGACCGUUGUCAUAUCCUCAAACAGAGGUAUUUCUGAUAUGCUUCUCGGUGGUGGAACCCUCGUCGUUUGCGAACGUAAAGAACAAGUGGAUCCCCGAGAUCCGUCACCACACUCCACGCGAUGUCAAAAUCCUAUUGGUGGGAACCAAGUCAGAUCUCCGUGACGACCCUCACGUACAAGACUCGUUGCUUGAGAUGAGCCAGGAGCCCGUUUCGACCCGUGCUGCCAAACAAGUUGCUCUAGAGACUGGAUGUAUCGAGUAUCUCGAAUGUUCGGCCGCAUCCCAGGUGGGUGUCAAGGAGCUGUUCGAUACUGCAAUUCGCUGUGUUUUGUAUCCUAAGGAGGAAUCUCCUGCUCCUCGAGCUGCUGCUCCACAGACUAAGGUUGGUGCUGGCCGUGCAACUGGUGAGGCUGGUGGCUUUACUAGACCGAAGCCCAAGAAGGCCAAGAAGUGUAUUAUUUUGUGA